AUGGAUGAUCUCGACGCGGUAUUGGAGAAAGAAGCUGGGGGAGGGGAGGCAGAGACGACAGAGGCGGCGGAUGAUUCGUGGUUUACUCCCGCAGCGGCGCAGGGCAAGAAGAAGGGUAAGAAAGCCAAGGGUAACGCAUUCAGCUGGGACGAGCCAGAUGCUGGCACGACGUCGGCCACUCCCCAAAAUCAGGAACAGCCGGCACAGGAAGAGGCGAAGGAGGAGGACGACUGGGGCAUGUCAUCAGCUGCGAAGAAGAAGGGAAAGAAGGGCAAGCAGGCUUUCGGGUGGGACGCUCUAGGCGACUCAACAUCCGGCACGCCCGCAGAAGAGGUUCCUGCGGCUACGGAAGCUCCAGCUGAGUCCAAAGAGGAGGCAGCCGGCGCUACCGAAUCCGUCUUCGGUUUGGGUGGUGUUGGUGGAUUCGGUAGCUUCUCUACCAAAAAAGCUGGCAGCGUCUUCGGUUGGGAUGCUAUAGGUGGAGAACCGGAGAAGUCCCCGGAGGGUAAAGAGGAAAAAAAGCAGGAUCUUUUCGGCACGUCCAGUUUCGGAUUCGGGAACUUCAGCUCGACAGUCGGCAAGGCUGCCAGCACUUUCGGCGGCUGGGGGUCUUCAUUUGGUCUCACAUCUCCAACACAAGAGGAGCCUGGGCAACCCGCACUAGAGGGAAAUCAGACGCAACCAGAACCAACGCCCGAGCAGGAGCAGGAGACUGAAGCAGACGUCGGUAGCUGGGGCUUCCCAACGACCACCAAAGGCAAGAAGGGCAAGAAGGGCAAAACACCUGACACCUCGACCCCGGCAACUCCCCAGGAGGAGACUCCUGCAGCAGCUCCGGAACAACCGGCGGCAGCACAGGCGGAUGACUGGGGAUUUUCCUCAACAGCGAAAGGCAAGAAAGGAAAGAAAGGCAAAGCCACGCCAUCGGCACGGGAUGUCUUCGACGCGACACCUCAGGAGGAGACUCCGCCAGCAGGGACAGGGACAGAAGUCAUCCCCGAGACAAAGGAGCCAGAGCCAGAGCCAGAGCCAGAAGAGAAGCAGGAAGAAGACAACUGGGGAUUCUCCUCCACUGCGGCAUCAAAGAAGAAGGGCAAGAAAGGCAAAGCGGGUAGUUUAUUCGAACGCAACGACCCUGAGCCAGAGCCAUCCGUGCAGGAAGAAGAUAGGAAGGAAGAAUCACAGGAGCCUGUGGAUAACUGGGGGUUCACUCCGACUACGACAGCGAAAGGCAAGAAGGGCAAGAAGGGCAAGCAAGAGUCGUUUAGCUGGGGGGCAGCGCCGGAGCCUACUCCUGAGCCCACCCCUGUUGCUGAACCGGCGCCGCCAGCGGAACAGCCUCCUGCGCCCGAGCCCGCUGUCGACCCUCCAGUCGAGAAUACCGAUGACUGGGGCUUUGCCGCGUCAACCCAAGCAGGAUCAAAGAAGAAGAAAGGAAAGGGCAAGAACGACGCCUCCAUUGCUGAGACACCGGCCGCUGCUACGCCGAAGGACGGGAUACCUCCUUCCGAACCUUCGUACGCACCCAUAACGGCUGAUCCACUGUUCCCAACCAACGUCAACGAUGGCAAUGGCGCGUUCGGAUCGUCCUGGGGUAACAACUAUACAUCAAACGAUAACGCAGGGGCUUUCUCGUUGGGUUCCGGACAGCAGUCUGCGAAUGAUCAAUAUGGCUCCUGGGCAACGGCGAGCCUCACUGGCGGUUACGAGCAGAAGAUUGAUAACACUGGCCUCGAACUUCAAUCGGGUCAAGAAUCCGCGAGCUGGGAUCUGAAUGGCGCAAAUGAUAACUCAAUGUCUGGGACUUACGGGGCUGCUCCCGCUGAUGGGCCCUCCGCGUCUCUUGCGACUCCGGCGGAUGAGGACACCACAGCAGCAGGGAAGAAGGGGAAGAAAAAGAAAGGGAAGAAGAAGGACGAACCAGCCGCGGCUGAGCCUUUAGCUCCUUUAGUGCCUCCGUCGUCCGGACCGUACGGCAUAGCCAGGGCAACGUCUGGGAUGGGCAACAACAUCAGUAUCGGUCCGGAGACGCCUAUGGAUGAACUGAACAACGUUGCUGCCGACGUCAGAAGACACGCCCUGCAAGGACAUGGACCAGAGCCGAAGCCCCAGACGUUCUUGCAAUGGUACUCUUCUGGGAAACCCCUUGAGCCGCUGGUUCUUGGUGCAAGCAUAGAUACACACGUUAUGAAGGAAAUGGCUCAACAAGCCCCGGAUUACCGCCCCAUCACUUGGGAAAGCGCUGAGGCUGUCAUCGCCAAAGAGAGGGAACGAAGCCCCGGUCAUAGCGACUGGGGCCGGAUUAUGUGCUACUUCAUGGUACACAAGAUCAGUGGUCCAGGCACCGUCAGCCUGUAUACGCUUCAUCACCGCGAAGCACACAGACUCGGAAAAGGUUCUAAUAUGCUCGUUCCUGCCGUCGACUUCCCUCCAACUGCGUUCAGUCGCAGCUACAGGCGGAAGCACCCUAGAAAGCCAGUGCUGAACAAAUUGGAAAUCGAGGAUGAAGCGAACACUCGGCCCAUUGUCACUUUGUCUUACUGGGAACGCAGCACUUAG